AUGCCCGGCAAUUCCCACAAUUCUAUAUCGCUUCCGAAUCGCUUCAGAAUCACUUGGGAACUAAUUUACUUAGCUGAACCUCAAAUAAAAGCAUGGGCUCAACAUAAAGCCCGAAAAACAAUUGCAGCUGGACUUAAUCAGAACUGCUCUAAAAUCCCCUUAUCAGAUUGGAGUCAAUUCAUACCUAAUACAAAUACUGUUGAGGUUUUACAUGAAGCCUCAUAUACUUGGAGUAAUCGGUAUUUACCAUUACUUACAUGUAUCCAGAAAUGUGCAGAAUACGAUCGCCAUCUUUUAGAGCAGGAUACAGUGUUUACAACACUAGGAAUCCGGCUUUCCUGGAAAGAUGUUUCUAUUAUUAGCCGUUAUAAUACAGCUGCAAGCCGUUUACAACUUAAACGCCAACGCCAGAGGGAAUCCCGUGAGCAACUAGAUAAUGAACGUGUUGAAAGGCUUUUAUCAACCCGACUCUUUACGUCUAGUCCCUCAAGGGGUACUAAUUCAAGAAGUCCAUCCUCAAUUCCGAAUCGAUCCCGAAGUCUUUCAGAAGCGAUUCGGAAUCGAUCCCCUCGUCUUUCCCAUGCUUCAUCUUCUGGGGUUAUUAGGUCAAAUACUCUCCAAAGAACAUCUAUUUCUAACUUAAGAAACGAAAUCAGACAGGGACAACAAGAUGACUUUGACUUACAGAAGCAAAGUCUAGAAUUAGAAGAAAAGCGAUUAGAAUUAGAAGCAAGAAAACUUCUAGUUGAAAAACAGAAGCUUGAACUACAAGAAAAGGAACUAGAGUUAGCAGAGCGGCGGAGAAGGUUAGGACUUUGA